AUGAUCUGUAUUAAUAAAAACUUCAAAUACUGCUGUAGCUUCAAAUACUGCUGUAGAGAAGUUGGUAGCAUAGAAUUAAAACUGCUAGUGAUAGCCAAUAAUGUUAACAAACAUUACGAUUACGUGAUAGUUGGCGGGGGAACUGCCGGCUGUGUUGUGGCCGCACGACUCAGCGCUCAACCAAACACGACUGUCCUGUUGAUAGAGGCCGGCGGUCACAACACUAACAGUUCUCUAGAGGUGAGCGGAUUGUAUCAUUACGUGGCACAAAUGUAUGGCCACCAAAAUGUGCAGCAAAUGCUUUGGCAAUAUUACGAUAGGGGCCAAGAGUACGCGGGAGGAGCGCUGCCACAGGGUAUACCUGUGCCGGUGGGUAAAGGUUUGGGCGGCUCUUCUUCUUGUAAUGGUAUGAUUUAUUUGAGAGGAAAUCGACGAGACUAUGAACACUGGGCGGCCGCGUGUGGGGCCACGGGCUGGUCGUACGACCAAGUAUUGCCGUAUUUUAUUCGCGCCGAAAAUCUUACCGAUAGUAAUGUUAAGCAUUACAACCUCUCAUUUCACGGCACGGCCGGACCCUUACCCGUGUCAACACCGGCCGAACCGAUGUCCCCGUUGUUUAACGUAUUGAAUAAUGUUUAUAAAGAGUUGGGACACAAUCUGGUCAGUGAUCUGAACGGUGAACAACAAUUAGGCGCCGGUUUUGCCCAAAUGAACACGAGAGCCGGUAUGCGUGUCAGUACAGCUCAGGCAUACCUCAGACCAAAUUUACAUUCAAAUCGAUUAAAAAUUUUGACCAAUUCAUUAGUGACCAAAAUUAUACUGAAAAACUUAACAAACAAUUUGCUGAAUACAAAUUGUGGUAACAAUUAUCAGGCGAUUGGAGUCGAGUAUAAGACGGGUGAUGACGUUCAUAGAGUGUUCGCCAACAGGGAAGUCAUUUUAAGCGCCGGUGUAAUAAAUUCGCCACAGAUUUUAAUGUUAUCGGGAAUCGGAUCACGUGAUCACUUAAUGAGUAAAGGUAUCGAUACGCUUGUAAACGCCCCGGCAGUGGGCAAACAUCUGGCCAAUCAUCCCAUUGUCUAUACGUUUUCUCUGCUUAAAGACCCCAAACUCAAUGGUCAGCCAUUACCUAAAUUAGAUAUGAAAGAUUUAAAUAAAUUUAUACUAAACAAUGAGCACGUGUUAAGACGUUCCCUAUGCUAUCAUAUGUUGUACACAAACACUUCCCAAAAUCGGGACAAUUUGUGGCCAAACAUUCAGAUCAAAUCUUUUCAAUCGAAAUACAAUAUAUUAGAUGUGUUUAUAAUGGGAACCAGUCUUAUGCGGGGCCGCAGUCGGGGAUCCGUACGUCUGGCCACAAAGAAUCCGACCGACGCUCCCAUAAUCGACGGCCAACUGUUGUCAAAUCCGAUGGACAGACGGGAUAUGUUUGAAGCCCUCAAAUAUACCCUUUUUGUGGCGCUAAAUACAUCGUUAGCCCGAUAUAUGACAGUUAUACCAAUGGUGUUGUUUGGGUGUCGGGUGUGCGCUGACCGGCCUUUAUAUGACUGCCACUCUUAUAUUGAGUGUGUUAUACGACAGACAACUAUAACAUACUUACAUCCGAUGGGCAGCUGUCGUAUGGGUGGCGUCCGCUCCCAAUGCGGUCCACACGAUGUGGUCUUAAAUGAAAAACUGGAAGUGAGAGGAGUAUCGCGCCUAAGGGUUUGCGACGCUUCAGCCUUUCCCGAUAUAGUGAACGCCAAUACAAUGCCCACAACUGUUAUGUUGGCUGAAAAGUGUGCAGAGAUG